CUGCCAGCGAACUAAGCAUUUCGGAGAUUCGCCAUGGCUGCAGAAAAAGAGCCCGACUCGAAGGAGGAAUUCAGCGAUGAAAAACUGAAAAAGUCUACCCGCAAGACUAAAGUCAUUGUUAUCGCUGCCUUAACAGUUUUUCUUUUACUUGGGGCGGUGGUUUCUGUGUCGCUGUAUUUGACGAUAAACCAAUCGACUCCAAGUCAGUCAAAUCGUCUAACAGAUGUAAAUUUGAAUACGGGCGAUACACUCACUUACCAAGUGGAUCAGGAUAUAGAAGCAGAAACGGGAAAUGAUAAGCAGAGAGGUAGGCUGAUAAAGUAUUACACAAAAAGAGUUCUUUUAAUAUCGAAAUUUCAUUAACACAGUUUCUAGGUUAUAUCUUUCAAAAACCAAGAAAUACACUGAUAAAAAUAUUCAAUGGAAAGAUCCUGAAAAACCAAAUAAAGCAGUUUUGAUAUAAACUGCAUGAUUACAAAGAUGAAAGUAGACUACAGUUCAUUCACCUCUCGGCCAGUCCGGUUAUCAAGUUUGCUAUGUUCCGUAAUAACUUCGUUGUCUUGCAUCGUUAGCUGUAAUUUUUGUGCUAUUUCAUCCAAUUGCUUCUUCGUAUUCUCUAUACCAACGCAAAUAUCACACUCGAAUACAUACCACAUAGAAUACAGCCUAUCAAAUUAGAUAAUAAAAUGUUAGUAAAAUGAUUCUGGCCUUGGGUGUGGCCAGUCAAAUCAAAAUUUAAUAAGUGGUUCUUUACAGUGUUGUUUCAGCACUGCUCAGCAUAAUUUUCACAAAAUGAUUAAAAUUUUCAGUGACUGUUAUCUGGCACUGAUUUUUGACAUGCAAUAAAUUAUUUUUGCUUGGCCGAUUUAAAUUUAGAGCUCGCAGUCAAUCAAAUUAAACAAAAUCAACUAAGGAACUUUUAUAACCCUUUAGGGCACUGAAUGUGCAAGGGAAGACACAUAUUUAACAUCACUAAAUAAUUCAACCCACGCAGACUCAUUUACUGAUGCACAAAAGUACAAAAAUAUAUUUUAAAGGGGUUGUUCUUAUAUCUCAGAAAAAAUUUUACACUUGAAAGUAUAAUUUCUACUCUUCAGGCACGACCCACCUGAGUGAACAAUUUUAUUCAAGAGUUCUGGUGUUAGUAACCUGUCUAAAAGGAAUGAACAAUUAACUCAGUAGAAUCAAAAACGAAAGAAACCCUUUGAUUAUACAUUUUUGAGGAGAUCCAGAUCGCGGGUUACUAGCAACACAAACAUACAAGAAAAAAAAUCUAACUUUCGUUCACUCAGCGUCUUAUUUUAGAUCUUUCAGUAAACUUUAAUCUAGUGAGAAUCAAGGCGAAUUAGCGAGAUAAAACGCAUAUAAUGACCUAAGUAAUUUUCUCUCUCGGAGAAAAAGGCCGCGUAGAAAGGGCGCAAACUACCAGUAUUAAAAAGAAAAUUUCUUUUACGUGGCUCUUUCCAUUUUUCUUUUCCUUAAAAAAAAACUGUUACUCUAAUCUUUUUUGCUGUUCAACGCCGUAAAAACACGCCAAUCAAUCAAGCGUUUCGUGAAGCCAAUACCCUCAAAAAGGCCGAAAGUAGAGUGGUUAGAACUUGUAAAACCACAAAUGGGAAACAAUAUAAGUUGUCUUCCCUUCGACUCUUGACAACCGUAAGUAAACAGCACAACUUGACGACAAAGUACUUCAGUUUGAAGCUGUAAAUAUUAAUUAGUCAUUCACGACCCCCAUUCCUUUUAUCCGAAUCAGCCUUUUUCCUUUCCGGAACUUAAAAUUAAAGUUAAAUUUACGCGUAGUUCCACAAAAUAACAAAAAAAAAUUCUUCUCAAAGGAUUCAUGAGAUUUUUUACACGGAUCAACAAACUUAUUCUCUCCCAUUUUCUGUUACACACUUAUUAAGCUGUAGCUUAAAAUUAAUCGUGAAUCAUGGCCUAUUGUUUUGACUCAACAGAGGAUGUUUGACUCUAUCUGAUGUACCAUUUGGAAAUUUUUACAAUGCAAAUAGUUUUUGGGACCGUGGACGUUCUUGUGAUAAUAACGUCCAAAAAUCAGUCUUAACAAUAUUAGCAUUUCUCAUCGAACUUUCCUGUUUCUCGACGCUACGUUAGCUGCCUGCCUUAGCACAAAUUCUCGGCAGGAAACUGGUGUCUCUUUUGCACCAACUACAUGCAAGAUCACGUGAAUGAUCAUGCAGUGAAAUUACUUCCCCACUCCCCUUCCCCUUUGCUACUAGUUAUACCUAUAAUUCUUGAUUGCUAUUUUUCAGGAACUAUACGUGCGGUAGUUGGCAUCAUGGUCCUCAACAAGACAUCCGAGGAGUACUGGUUCCUAAUGCAAUUCAACGUGUCCCAAGUGGCCGGGGAGGUGGACAUUGUAGACGGCAAUGAAACAAUAGAUUUUUUCCUGAUUCGUUUUCAUCUUGAUUCCGGGUAAAUAUCGUGUUUUCUGAGUGUGAUUUAUAUUCAUUAACUUUUUUGCCCUCGGAAAAAAAAUACUCUUGGUAUUAAACAAAAAAAAAAACAUGUGUUGUUGAAAGGCUUAGCGAAAGUGCGCUUAGCUCUUAAUGCAAAGAACUAGUCUAGAAUCCUGUCUUCAGAAAAAUAAUUUAAAAGGAAUAAUUCAAAUGGAGCAAAACAGAAUUAGAAACCCCUAUUAGCUGGAGACAACCAGUUGGAUAUGCACAAGUUUAGCAGAGGAUUUAAACUGGGGGCGUCCGCCCAGGGACUUCGAGAAUUGAACCAAAUUCGCCUGCUCGGGAAAUCCGAGUUCACUUCCCGGAAUGAUUACAUUGAACUUACUUAUACUUACUGGACAUGGGUUAAACCUUUCUUCAAACUACAUAGCAAACUGUGAUUCCGAUAGAAGAAUUCGACCUUCGAGUGACUUGAAUAAUUACUACCUUUUACCAGCAGUGUACGUAAACGAACAAAGGUUGUGAGGCGGUGCCUACAGUUUAUCGUCCUUAUCUAAGCUAGGAUUACAAAGUCAAAGCGUUUGCAGAUAACUUCAAACAAAAUAAUCUGAUGUCACUCUGUAAUGCAAAUCAAGUUUUCCUGGUCAUAAAAGACAAACAUUGGUUAUUACACAAUCUAACUUUAAUAAAAACUGUUCAAUCAAGUCAAUUUUGGGAGUACAAAUGAAAAGGCUUUUUGUCAUUUUUUUUUUUUAGAAAUUCAAGUCAUGGAAGCAACGUAUCAUUUGAAAUCUAUGGUAUGAAUUCCACUGAUGACGGCAAACUACGGCUUGUGUAUGGUAUUCUUCAGCAAUUACUGCCGACAGUGAAACGGGACCUUUAUGAAAAAUUGGAUGGGAAAACUACAGGCUCGAAUUCUCUCAGUCCUGAACAGUCUCCCUUGCUUCCUCAGUCAGUGAGGAUGCACCGUGAAGCAAACACAUCAGAUAAGGGCACAGUCUCCAUCCAGAAUCACUUUGAUGGAUCAGACUUCGUUGGAAUGCCAUCAGGAGUCGAUAUGGACAUGAAAUACUCUGACUCUGCCCUCAUAAAAAAGAGCAACGGGAUGGUGUCAGAGAGUCGUGUAUACUUUUCUGAACAGCUAAAUCUUGGAGGCGAGAUUGACGGCCAGAGCGGUGGGGGUGUUCCUACGAUGAAAGUAACUUUAAUGAGCCGAAUAUCCCUCGUUGAGACUGAAUAUUUUGGAUUCGCCGAUUUAGAAACGGACGACCUUUUUGUGAAGCUGGUGGUUCGGAAGGCAACAGCGCGCAUUUCCGUAAACAAUACUCAAAGUGAAUCGAGUGAACAGAGCAACUCUGGCAACGCGUCGCUGAAACGCUCUCGGCGAUCGGUGUAUUACAACGUUAGCAACGUUAACGAGUCGCUGGUUGCUGAAAUCUGGGAUAGAAUCCCUCCAGUUUGUCUUUUCGUCAAUCGUACCACAUUUCUCCUUCUGAAUAAAACUGUUCUAGGCGUAAGAGUGAAAUUGCUUGCGUCCUUGACAGUUAAUAUCGACGGAGUUGGAAUACCACAAAUAGAAGUUGAGCUCACUUUGCAAAUUGGAGUGCGUUUAUUCACGGUUUAUAGUCGAAACUUCACAAUUCCGCCACAGUUGGGAACGGGCUUUACAGUUAUUGUGGCACGAAGGAGCACGAUUCUGGUGAGUAUGAUUAUGAUGAAAUGCCUUUUCUAGCGUGAGGCUAGGUUUACAUUAAUUUAAUAAAGAAAUAUAAAUGUGUCAGGGUUUCCAACAUUUAGGGUAAUCGAAUUCGCAGUCGUUCGUACACAUCAGUUAAAUACGAAAACAUUCUAUUCGUAUACAAAGUAUUCAGUUUAGAUCAGAUUCCGGAUUCCAAACACCCAAUCACGUGACCAAACCAGGAAAUUUUCAUUUCCAAUUCACGUAUCUGCGUAUAAACGGCAAAACAACUAAUCCGGUACCAAGAUGUUCCAGAUUCAUCACAAAUCUCCUUUCGUGUAAAUCUAUAGCUAGAGUGUGAAAAAGCAAAUGCCUGAACUCUUCCACUUGAUGCUUCCCUGCCCCACCCCCCUCCCCCUACGCCCGCUUCCCUCCCCAUUUUGAUCAAACUGUCUCUGUUGUUGGCAUCCACAGAAAUUUGUCCUGGAUCUAAGUUCAUUAAAACUUGUUUUAAUUUAAAGGGCCUCUUGGUAAUGAUCAUACUCUAAGAACGAUGUAUAGAACACACCCUUUAAAUACUUGGGCUUCUAAUCUGGCUAAUAUGGUAAUUAGUACCCAAUAACAUAACUUGCUAUACUAUUUUUCUCUUCACAGGCCUUAGACCUCUCUGAUUUUGGCAUACGAUCACUAAGAACAAAGCUCCUCCUAAUUUUUAAUGUCCAGUUCCGAGUUAGCCUUCCUGCUGACGGAAACUCCCUCGAUCCUCUUAAGCUGAAAGUUAAGGUAAUAAAUUUGAUUUAUUUGUCUGCUGCAUUACACCAGUUUUCAGUGGAGUGUCGAAAGAAAUAUUGUCUUAGCUUUUACUUUUACUGAAUUGCUCCUCCAUGUGAUUGGCCAAACAGUAUCGCGUUCAUCUCUCAAACAGUCACAACUUAUCAGAACCAAACCAAUCGUUUCCCCAAGCUACAGGCUGAACGUGAAAAUCCGGGUACUCAAUUGUAUCUAACCCAGUAAGAAGUAAAACCAAAACUAGCUUAACUUGCUUAAACGGCGGAGUAUUCCUGCGCUUAGGGCCUGCUACCGUUUCUUCGAGAUCUGAUUGGCUCAUAAUAUUACUUGAAAGGCGCACUUUGUUACUUCAGUUUGUUUUACCGCGCCAUGAUCAACUGAAAAACAGCUCGUCAUUAAUUAAAGAGGUCUCGGAAUGCAAAAUAUUGAAAGGCAGGCACUUUUCCUCUAUAUCCUAGAAUAUGUGCUUGGAAAAGGUCAAUUCCCCACGGCCUACAGAUAUAAAUGCAACGGACAAAAUGAAGGACAUAGUACAAACUUAAAAGAUGCAUUCUUACUGAUAGUGUUAGAAUGAUCGUGUCUUUAAACGAAACUUGCAUAGCAUGCAGUACGAGUAAACUUAGCAUGCGUUUGAAAAAAAUUACCAGGCAUUUCAUGAACACUGAGAACAAAGACCGACAACAUAAAAAGUAAGACUACACAACAUACUUUUAAACUGGGGAUAGCCAUUGGCUUGAGUUGGUCGGUGUUAUGUCGAGUUUUGCUAUGGGAAGCCAGCGCUUUUGGCCAUUAUAAAGUUGCGUAGGGAACUGGGUUAAUAUUCGUCUCCCAAAACAGUCUGCAAUUCGACUUAACGCAGACCCAGUCUCUCGCGAACCCUGAAAAGUCCGUUUAAUUUUUAUAAACGGACACAAACUAAUGAUUUUUCUGCUUCUGUCCAAAUGGGAACGACCUUUAUCCCUUUACGCACUUAGCCAAUCAGAAGCUGACGGUGUUUCCUGCUGUUGCAGGAAAUUUUGGGUUGUGGUAUGGGUAUUGUCCAAGGAUUUCUACUGAUUGCACCGUCCGCAAUUAAAACUAUCAAUCUUGACACCUUUCGCUAAGAAAAUAUCCCCUAAAUUAGUCGCUCCAGUAUGGAAACCGCAAACGCAAAUGUUUGCAUACAAGUAUGCAAAAGAAUUACAAAAUGAAACACCCAAAUGUAAGGACGUAUAAUCUAAAACCUAAAUGGGAAUAAAUUAAAUAUGGCGCUUUUGAAAUAUAAGUGGGGGACAUAUUUGUAUCCGAUCUAAUAAUAGCUCUUUUAUAUUCUUUGUUUUCUUCAGGUGGAACCUAUCACCAAGAUAUCCUUGUUUGUGAAGACAUUCCGUUUUAGCUAUUAUUGGUUCCGAUAUACCCAAGUUAGAGCUGUUAAUAUGCAGGGUACAUUGGUAGACGUUAGUCUCCCUGUGACCCUGUCCUUCUGUAAUGAUACGCUGUGUGCUUCAUUAUCUGUUCGCCUGACCGCGCUAAGACUGGGAGGCCGCAUUAUCAUUCGGCGGCCUCGAUUGGUAAUAAGGAGGGUGUGCCCCUUCAGGUGGGUGUGGAUCCCACUUCGGAGGAGCGGAUGGAGACGGGGAAGGAGAUGGGUAAGGAGACGGAGGUGCAGGUCCCUUAGACGGUGGGUGUAUGUAAACACGGUACACCUGCUCAGCGUAUUGUACCCCACAGUCAACAGGAACGAGACACUGCUCCAGGUCUGCAACAUGACGAAGAAUGAAAGUAUUUCAAUUUCACCAUCUUUGUCACCAUCAACGUCGUUUUCACUAUCUGCAUCGAUUUCCCUGUCGACCUCUGUAUCAAUUUCGCCAACUACAUCGGCAUCACCACCCGCGUCCCUAUCUACAUCGGCAUUGCCAUCCGCGUCCCUAUCUAUAUCGGCAUCACCAUCCACAUCCAUACCUACAUCG